CUCUCUCUCUCUCUCUCUCUCUCUCUCUCUUUGUAAAGACUAGGGGGACAGCAGUCAAUCACAAGGAAGAAAAAAAGAACAGACCUAGAAGAUCCCCGCGCACUACCAGUGGUGCAGUGAGGAUCACAGGAGGACUAUGCAGCAAAAUAAAUCCACCAGGGUCUUUUAAUUUUUCCUUUUUUAAUUCUAUUCCCAUCUUAACUUUUUUAUAUAUACAGUUUUUUUUUCUUUGUUAAUUCCUUUCUGUGGACUGACUUGAAGAACAAGGAAAUAUGAGGUGGAAAACAAAAUUGGUUUGGAUCAAAUUUUGAAAAACUUUGUCUCUGAAGGAGGAAGGAGAAGAAGAAAGAACUUUUGUUGAAAGUUGAAACCCAUAUGGUUUUGAUGGAUUCACAAAGCAAUAACCAAGAAAACAUCAACAGUAGCAGCACUAAAGAUCGCCACCACCUUCACCAUGGCCAAAAACAAGAAUCAGGAGACGCAGCAGCUGCUGCGGCUACCACCACCACUACUUCUCAGGGCCCAUUCAUGGGCUCCAUCUCCAACCAAAUUAUUUUCCACCAUUCAACAUCUAACUCAAAUUCUUCUGCUCUCACUACCAAAACCACUACCAAAAGACCCUCCAAGGACCGCCACACCAAGGUGGAUGGCCGCGGCCGCCGAAUCCGCAUGCCCGGCUUAUGUGCUGCCAGAGUCUUCCAGCUUACCAGAGAAUUAGGCCAUAAAUCUGAUGGAGAAACAAUUGAAUGGCUCCUACAACAAGCAGAACCAGCAAUUAUUGCAGCUACUGGAACUGGUACAAUUCCUGCCAAUUUCUCAACACUAAAUGUUUCCUUACGUAGCAGUGGCGCUACCAUUUCAGCGCCGGCAUCGAAAUCAGCUCCUCUUUCUUUUCAUAGCGGUCUAGCUUUCUAUGAUCCUAAUAACAGUAAUGGAAGUGAAAAUCGAAGAGUUAUUGGUUCCAACAAUACAAUUUUAGGAUUCCACCACCAGCUUUAUCCUCAAACUCUUGUUUCCGAUGAGAAUUAUAUGAGAAAAACAUAUAGAGAAGAUCUUUUCAAAGAAACAACAACUACACAAGAACAAUCCACUGAACCAGUUAACCCCCCAAGUUCUAAUAAGCCGCCAGUAGCUGCUGCUGCAAGAACCGGAGUUCAAGAUCAUCAAGAACUGGGUUCCAUUAGACCAUCAAACAUUCUUGCAACUCCAGCUAUGUGGGUUACGCCGGCCACCACAAAUGGAAGCAAUGCAUUCUGGAUGUUACCAGUAGGUGGCGGCAGCACCACCACAGCCGCCAUGCCAGAGCCCCAGAUGUGGACUUUUCCUGCAGCUGGAGUAACAUCCAUGCAGAGAGUAAAUUUCAGUGGAGGUGGACGGGUGAGCCCGGUUCAGAUAGGGUCCAUGAUGGUUCACCAGGCGGUAGGAGGUCAGCAACUGGGGUUAGGAGUAGCAGAGAGCAAUAUGGGGUUACUGGGUGAUGGUGCUAAUGCUUAUAGCAGUAGUAGGGUUGGAUUGGGGAUGAACUUAGAGCAACAUAAUCUUGAAAACCAACAACAAGGUAGUGAUAGUGGAGAUGAAAACCCUACUGAUUCUCAAUAAGGUGAAAAUAAACUUUAUGAUUUGGUGUGUUUUGAAGCAAAAGGUUUUUACUUUGAAAAUUUUAUGCUCUUUGCAACUGUUUUUUCUUUGCGUGCUUCUUUCAGCAGUCGAUUUUCACCUCUCUCUCUCUUUCUCUCUCUUGUAAUUGUAGAGUUGCUUUUGUAUUUUUCUUAGUAGCCAUUGUUGAAUGCUAGCUUGCCAUGUUUGCUCAGGAGAAAUGGAAUUUCUGUGCAUAUGGUUGUCUCAAAUCCUUUGAGUUAACUAUACCCACAUUUUAUCA